AUGGGCGAGCGUUCAAGGAGCAGGUCGCCAGGGAGAAGGCUUGACAUGGAAAGGUCUGAUAGAGAGAGGCCUAGAAAAAGUGGAGGAGGAGGAGGAGGAGGAGGAGGAGGAGGAGGUUUUCGAUGGAAGGACAAACGGCGCGAUGGCGACAGCAGACACGAUACAGAUGAACGCAGAUUAAAUCGAGGAUACAGAGAUAGGGAAGAACGGGCAAGGUCUCCGCGACGCGACAGAGAUACAUACAGGCCUGACGAUAGGAACAAGGAUAGCGAUCGUGACCGAAGGCGUCCGGAAGGUGAUGAGAGAUGUGGACGGGAAAGGAAGAAGAAAGAAAAGAAAGAUAAGAAGCCUGCUGUUCCUCAGCCCUCAGAACCCAUGAUUAUUGUGCACGUGAACGAUCGUCUCGGCUCGAAAGCUUCAAUUCCGUGUCUUGCAUCGGACCCAAUCAAGCUCUUCAAGGCACAGGUUGCUGCACGUAUUGGACGUGAACCACAUGAAAUCCUUCUCAAGCGCCAAGGGGAACGUCCCUUCAAAGAUUUCCUCACCCUAGCCGACUACAGUAUUUCUUCAGGAAGCCAGCUUGAUCUGGAGGUCGGCACUGGUGAAUAA